AGCUGCCACUCUGAGGGUGGCCUCUUUUCUUCUGUGCCUGAAGGUUCUAUCACAGAUACUUGCCAGUCCUCGUAUGACAUUGGUCCAAAGCUGAUGGGUCUGUGCACAUUAGAACAGGCGGGGCUCCUGUUUAAUUCAGCAUCCAGUGGAGGGAUUGCUUAUAUAACUGGGACAACAGAUUUAGUGGAAGGAGAGAGGAGGCAAAGGCUGGGAAUGGGAGCGGUGAGCUGUCGGCAGGGGCAACACACCCAGGUGACUGCACCUCACAAGGUAGGCUGUGGGGGCUCUGGCAGCCUGUUGAAAGUGAAGGAGGCAUGGGCCUCCUGAGGCCCAGGAAGUGCCUAGUUACUAGCAUGUCAGUGAUACCCAUUGUGGGGGUGGGACAGGGAGACUGUGAUGUGAAAGCAUUGCAGCCCUGUUCUGAGGCACAGGUUGUUUUCCUGGUGCAUCAUGAAAAAAAAUUCCAACAGUUGCUUUACUAGAGGAUUUGAAUUAUGUCCAGGAAAUCCAGAUCUUCUCACAAAGCAAGGGUAAUAGGAAUUUUGAUUGGUAUUCAAAAAUGUACCUCUAGUGAUUGAGACUUGAGGGGAGUGCCUACUAAGAUGUGCAGAAACUGUAAUACUUCAGGGCCAGGUUUAGAGUGGCUCCCUUGCUUCUCAGCAGGGUGACAACAUCCAAGGCCCCUGGGUCCGAGGCUGGAAGAGCCUCUGGUCAGGUAUGGGGACCAUCAGGUCAGGUCUGGAAGAACUAUGGCAACUACAAGGGCAUCAAUGCCUACACCAGGAGCCCCUAGAGGCGACCCCACUGCUGGUAGAGAAGCCUUUGUCUGAGUGGCCAGUGCCUCAGUUCAUCAGCCUCUUUCUACCAGAGUUUCCCAUGAGGCCCAUUAGGGGGCAGCAGCAGUUGAAGAUUUUAGGUCUUGUGGCUAAAGGCUCUUUUGGAACUGUCCUGAAGGUGCUAGAUUGUGCCCAGAAAGCUGUAUUUGCAGUGAAGGUGGUACCCAAGGUAAAAGUCCUACAGAGGGACACCCUGAGGCAGUGCAAAGAGGAGGUCAGCAUCCAGAGACAGAUCAACCACCCUUUUGUACACAGCUUGGGGGACAGCUGGCAGGGAAAACGGCAUCUCUUCAUCAUGUGUAGCUACUGCAGCACUGAUCUGUACUCCCUGUGGUCUGCUGUUGGCUGCUUUCCUGAGGCUUCCGUCCGUCUCUUUGCGGCUGAGCUGGUCCUUGUGCUGUGCUAUCUCCAUGACGUGGGCAUCAUCCAUCGAGACGUGAAGAUGGAGAAUAUCCUUCUGGAUGAAAGAGGCCAUCUGAAACUGACAGACUUUGGUCUGUCCCGCCACCUGCCCCAGGGAGCCCGAGCCUAUACUAUCUGUGGCACUCUUCAAUACAUGGCCCCAGAGGUCCUGAGUGGUGGGCCUUACAACCAUGCUGCUGAUUGGUGGUCCCUGGGUGUCUUGCUUUUCUCUCUGGCAACUGGAAAGUUCCCAGUGGCUGCAGAGAAAGAUCAUGUGGCCAUGUUGGCAAGUGUGACCCACUGUGACUCUGAAAUUCCAGCUUCUCUUAACCAGGAGCUCUCUCUCCUGCUUCGUGAGCUCCUAUGCCAGAACCCCCUCCACCGUCUACGUUAUCUACAUCACUUCCAGGUCCACCCCUUCUUUAGGGGUGUGACCUUUGACCCAGAGCUCCUACAGAAGCAGCCAGUGGACUUUGUCAUGAAGACACAAGAUACUCAGCCCAGUCCAUUGGAGUCCAAACCCUUCAAGGACUUUGACUGUGAUCUGGAGUCCUUCCUGGUCCACUCUGUCCCUGCUUGACCCUGUCUACUAUAGAUUGGGGCCCAGCUGGGAACCCGAGGAUCUCUUCCACUACCAACUCAGUAUUACCACUUUGAUGAUCCAGUUUUGACUUUGUAGCCCCUUACUAUUCUAUUCUUCUAGGCAUUAGUCUAGAGUUCAAAUUUUGGGCACUCAGUUCCCCAUCAUACAACUUACCGGUUCAUAUAACAUCUCAGGUCAGAGUGGUAACUUUUUCCUUUGUUUCACUUCUCCAGUCUGUAGCAAAAGGCUUCCUCUACCUUUCUCUUUCCUUGUUUCUUUGCCAUGUUUCCUUUCUUGGGUAAUAACAACACUUCAUGGACUCCAAAGGUGCUAUUUAUAUGUUUAAUAGGCUAGUCAGAAGAAAUAUGUUUUUCAAAGGCUUAAAAAGUUGGCAUCUUAACACCUAAAUAUGCAGCUAAAAAAUAGAGUCUGGGAGUUGGGCAUAGUGAUGCAUGUCUGUAAUUCUAGCUACUUGGGAGGAUAAGGCAGGAAAAGUUUGAGACCAGACUUGGCAACUUAAUGUCUCAAAAUGGAAAAAAAAAAAGGCUGGGGAUGUAGUAGAAUGUUCUUGAGUUCAACCCACAAUACUGGGGUUAGUGGGAACUAAAACAAAAAACUGGGGCUAAAGGUCAGUUGUCAGUAAAUCUAAUUUUUAAAAAUUGGAAAAUGAGCUAGGUAUGGUGGUGCAUGCCUGUAAUCACAGAAACUUGGGAA